GGCAUCUCCGCAUCUACAUAAUAGUUCUUGCCUUAGGUACGCUGUCAAUGACAUAAGAAAGAGACGCAGACGGAACUUGAACCAGAAAGCGAACACAACUUUCGAUUUCCGCAAGCGUGCUUGUGCUGCCUGCCGUCGGCAUCAGGCGAUAUACUUAGCAGGCAGACCGUAGCCAUCAAUGGGCGGGAGUGCGGACGUGGCUGUGAGCCUUCCGUGGGUCGACGACGCACUUGAGGCGGUUGGCCUUGGUCGAUGUCAGGCCCUGCUAUUCCUCUAUGUGGGCCUGUGCUGGAUGUCGGAUGCAAUGGAGGUGAUGCUGGUGACCGUCAUGGCACCCGCCGUGGCGUGUGAGUGGGACAUCUCGCCCGAGUCACAGAGCCUGUUGGCGGGGGCUGUCUUCCUGGGCAUGAUGUUCGCCUCGCCGGCUUGGGGCGCCGUCGCUGACGUGGCGGGCCGCCGCCGGGCGUUCGGUGGCGCGGCGGUGCUGGCGGUGGUUGGCGGCGUGGCCAGCGCCUUCAGCCGCAGUCUGACGUGGCUGGUGGCGGCGCGGCUGGUGGUGGGGUCGGGGCUGGUGGGCGUACUGCCCAUGUACAGCCUCAUGGAGGAGUGGCUGCCUAAAGGCAGCGGCAGCAAAGGCAAGGUGCUGGUAGCACUGCAGGGAUGGUGGAGUGUGGGCACCGCCGUCGAGUCACUGCUGGCCCUCGCGCUGCUGAACAAUCACGGCUGGAGGGCGCUGCUUGCAGCGUCUGUGGCGCCCCUGGCCAUUGUGAUUGCGCUGCUGCCGCUAGUGCCUGAGUCGCCGCACUACCUGGCCGCGCUGGGGAAACGGGACGAGGCGGUCAGGGUGCUGGAGGCGGCAGCCGCUCUCAACGGCCGCAGUGCACAGCUGCGGCGGCACUGGGAGGACGUGCAGCAGCGCCAACAGCAGGCGCAAGACGAGGAGCCACUGCUGCAGCAGCAGCAGCGGCGGCAGCAGCAGCAAGCCCAUGUGGGUCAGCACGCGACACCGGCCUUACAUCAUCCCACGGUCCGCGUGCAGGCUGGUUCACGCGCGUAUGCAGCCGCACAUGAAGGCAACGACGCGGCCGCCGCGCCUGAGGUCUUGGAGCUGCCCAAGAGCGGCAAGGCAACAGCCGGACCAGACCUCCAGUCAGGCCCGGGCGCCGGGUCACGUGAUGCCGACGCGCCGGGUCAUGACACCGAGGCGGGUGCUGCAGGCGCAGGCACAGGCGCACGUGCAGAGGGCAGCAGCCGUCCGGGGUCCUCGUUACGAAGCUGCUGUGGGCGACAGGACGGCCCGUGCGGCAAGCUGGGAGCAGUGCUCGGCAGCCUGCUCAGCCCCCAGCUGCGUUGGCGCACAUGCCGGCUGGCGGUCACGUGGUUCGCAUCUGCGUUGUCGUACUACGGAGUUGUGAUGCUGGUGCCGCUGGUGGCGGCGGGGGCGGCGCUAUCGGGAAGUGGGGGCGGCGGCGGCAGUGACGGCGAGGGCAGGUCGGGUCUGGCAGGAGAGUGCCUGCCGUGGGAUGCGGCCGCCGCUGCUGCAGCUGAUGGUGACAGCGGCAGCAGUAGUAGGGGACUUCACCUGGUGCUGCCCACGUCCGCAUACUGGAGCAUGAUGAUCGCGGCGGCGGCGGAACUCCCGUCUCUGGUCCUUGCCUUCCUAACCGUCGACCGCUGGAGCCGGCGGCGGCUGGUAUCGUACGGACUGGCCGCGACCGCUGCCGCGCUGGCGCCUCUGGCAGCUGCCGCCAUCGCCUGGCGUGACGGUAGGGGUGGCGGCGGCGCUGCGUACAACUCCCCACCGCCGCCGCCCGCGCCGUCAAUACCCCUGGAAUGGCAGCCCCGGCGGGCCGCGGCUGGCUUUGUCUUAGCCGGAGGCGCAGGAGGCCCUGACGGCGGUCCCGGCAGCGGGAGUGUCACGGGCGCGCUGGCCUUCAGUCGGCGGCGCCUCCCCGCCACCACGACCACCACAGCACCGGUCCGCGGCGGCGCGGCAGUGGCAGCCUGGCUGCCGGUGGCCUCCGUCACCUCCGCGCGGCUGUUCGUGAGUGGCGCCUUCACGCUGCUGUACGUGCUCACGCCAGGGCAGUACCCUGCCAGUGUGCGUGGCAGCGCCUUGGGUGCUGCCAACACGCUGGCGCGUGUGGGCGCCAUAGCAGCGCCGUAUGUGGCGGUGGCGCUGCCAGCGCACGGGCAGCUGGCGGCUGCGCUGGCGGUGAUGGCGGGCGCAUGCCUGGCGGGCGCGUUUGCGGUGGCAGGGCUGGCGGAUGAGGUGUGAAAGAUGGAGGUGUGAGCUUUGGAAAGCAGGGGAUUGGGGGUGGACGUGUGCUGUGGGUGGUGAGCAAAGCUUAUGAGAAGUCUGUGAAGGGGAGUGCGCGUUAGCGGGAGCGGGAGCGGAAGUAGCCAGGCUGAGAGUUUCGACUUCUUCGGAGCGAAGUAUGAGCGUCGGAGAAGGCAGGUGCGCACGACGUUUAGUGUCUUCGGCAUAGAGGUCGUACACGGCGUCUGAGGCGCCCUAUCACCGCAAGUGCUGCUUGUCUUUAUAUGUCUAUCUAAAUAUACUGUUUUGCCGUUAUCAGUGCGUUAAGUAGCAUACACCCGCCCGUCCCGCCCUGUCAAUUCUGUGGGUCCGAGCGCAAAGUGCCUGUAUAUUGUUUAGUUUAGUGUGACUGUCCAUAUGCGAGGGUGGCGGCAAGGGUUGUGGAGGACGUACGUUCGGUACCAUUCUUGUCAGGGCACCCCUGAUUCUUGUUGCUACGUGUGGGAACGCGCAACGCGGCGAGUGCGAGACAGCCCCGCAUGCCCCUCGCCUUGGAUGCUCCCCGUCGGCUAAGCAUGACAGUCCGCUGCUGGCGAGGGUGGGCUCGUGUGGGCGGUAUCACACUGCACUUUGGAAGUCGUGACCUGGCG